UUCAAAAACCACACCUAAUCCGACAACUUUUCUCGAUUUGCUUAACAAUACUUACGAUGAUGCCGAUUUAGUUCAUAUGCUUGCAGAAGCUACUGAUCUAACGUCUGCAGCUACCAGAAACUCGUUCGAUUUUCGUUCAAACUUUGAAGAACCGGGCUUUAACCAGCCAGAAUCAACAGAAUUUCAGAAUUUUGCUGAGGCUAUUGGCAGUGAUUUAACCAAAGGAGAUUCUGUUCCUCAUCUUUGGCAAAAUUUGGAAAAAGAAUGGACUGAAUUUAAUCAUGAUUUAAGACUCACUAGUGGGAUCGGAAGGAUAAAAAAGGGAAAGAAAGGUCCAAGGCCUCGUAGUAUUCCGCCAAAUCUUCGUGCCUUGGUUGGAGAAGCUAAUUUACAUUAUGUAAACAGAGAUUACCCAAGAGCAAUUGAAGUUCUUCAAGAGGUUAUUAAAAUAGAUCCAAAUAUUCAUUCUGCUUGGUUUACCUUGGGAACUAUUCAGGAUGAGAUGGGAUGCCCGGAUAAAGCUUUACAAUUAUAUUUAGUUGCCGCUCACUUAACACCACACGAUGGUGCAUUAUGGAAGAGAUUAGGUCUUCUAAGCAAAAAUCAUAAUGCAGUUCAUCAAGCUAUUUAUUGUUUCUCAAAAGCUAUCAGAUGUGAUCACAAUGAUGUGGAUGCUAUUUGGGAUCGAUCAAUUCUGUAUUCGGAAAUUAGAGAAUUCAAAAAAGCGAUAGACGGAUUUAAUGGCCUAUUAGAAAAGAUUCCUUAUGAUAUGAAUGUAUUGCGAGAAAUAACUCGUAUUCAAGUACAAAUGAAUGAGAUUCCCCAAGCCAUUGACCUCUUUCUUGAUGCUUUCGCAUAUUAUAGAAAUAGGCCUUUUCCAGAAGAUCCCGAAGCUGAGGGAAGCUUUGGAUAUUCUGAGAUAAAUAUAAUGGCCGAGCUUUAUAUGCUAGCUGGUGAUUAUAAUAGUGCUAUCGAUUUUAUUAAGCGAGGUGUAAGAUGGCUGCAGGGAAGAGAAAAUGAAAUAUGGUGGGAUUAUAUAAACGAUGAUCGCGAAUAUGACGAAGAAGAAAAUUUAGAUAGGAGAGAUCAUACUUCAAUUUUGGCCGCUGCUCGACUUCGUGGUGCUAAUAGCACUGGAGGCACAAAUGCAACAUUGCCUAUCGAGCUUAGGGUUAAGUUGGGACAAUGCAGGAUUUCAACUGAUCGACUUGAAGAAGGCAAAUUACAUUUUGCUUAUCUUGAGUCUUAUGAUGUUGAGCAAUAUGUAGACUUGUAUUAUGAAGUAGCUGAGACUUAUACAGACAAGGGAUUAUUUGAAGAUGCUUUGGCAAUAUAUGAAGCAGUCGUUGUUAAUGAAUCUACAGAUAAAUCUUUUGCAUGGAUGCGAAUGGGAAUGAGCCAUCGAGAAUUAGGAAAUCUUGAAAGUGCUGCCGAAUAUUUCGCUGCUGUUGUGAAAGAGUUACCGGACAAUUUGGAUGUUAAAAUGGCACUUGCUGAAACAUACGAAGAUUUGGAUGAAAAGGAAAAGGCGCUUGAAAUGGUUAAUGAAGUCCUUGAAGCACGUAAAGAAAAGCAUAUUCAAACAGCAGCUGAAUCUAAAGUGCCAUCUUCAACCUCAAAUCAAUUCAGUGCUAGUUUUUCACGUAGUAUACCAGCAGGAUCAUUACAGACCGAAGCAUCCUUAAUCCAGACUGUAUCUGAAGAAUCUAAAGCUAACGCUUUCGCGAGAGCGGAAGAAGAGCGCAAACAAAAAAUAGCAGAAAAGGAAAAGGAAACAAAAAUUCAGUUCCACAGGUUGGAUCUAUUAUAUGGUCGUUCUAGACUUGGCGAUUCAGAAUCAGCAAUAGAAUUUUUGGAAACCGCUAGGAAUGUUGUUGUUGAUUGGAAAAAUAACAGAGCCUUUUACCCUCAGAGGGAUAGGAUGCUUCCGUUUAAAGGAUGGGACCGUCGAAGGUCCUGGAGAAAACAAGCGUAUUUUGAAGAGUUAGAAAACUCUAAUGAUAAUGAUGAUGCUUAUCUAGACGAACAAGCAACUACAAUGGCAAAAAGAUUACAAUGGCGCAUUGAUGGGGAGAAAGAUGAAUUAGAAGAUGAAAUACGCAAAAAAAUUACCGAAUUUAAUGGUAUAAUUUUCGAGAAAUGGUUUGAUUUUUUUAUCAAGUAUAUAGUUACAUCAACAAAGAACAAAUGUGAACAAGAGGCCUUUGAUCUACUUAAGUUAGCUGGUAGAGCAAAUGUUUUUUUCCACAAUAUUCAUUAUACAACUGUGCUCAAGUUGUUAUCAUUGGCGUGGGGUCUUCAUACGCGUAAUUUUUUAGUUGUAUGCGAGAAUGCAAGAUGGCUAUGUAAUUAUAAACCAUUUAAUAGUAAUUUGUAUGAUUUAUACGGAGCAGGGAUGUCUAGCGGAUCAAAUGCGUUAUCAUGCUUUGCAGCCGCAAAUUCCCAAAAAUAUUUUCUUCGUCAGGUCAAAUUGAUGGAUACCGGUUUUUAUCAGACUCCAAUAAUAAAAAGUAAUUCGGAAAAAUCGGAAGAUGGGUCUAAACAAAAACAUGUUUUGAAAAAAGCCAAAGUUCCAGAAAAACCAGUUGCAUCAUUAUUAUCACUCUAUGGACAUAUUUUAGCAUGUGCCAGAAGUUAUGUCGGCGCAAUCGGAUACUAUUCUCGUGCAUAUUCCGUUAAACCGAAAGAUCCAUUAAUUAGUUUGUCAAUGGGACUUGCAUAUAUGCAUCGGUCUAUGCAAAGAAUAAGUGAUAAUCGACAUUUACAAAUUAUGCAGGCAUUUACAUUUUUAUAUAACUAUUAUGAAUUGAAAGGAAGAAACCAAGAGGCUGAGUAUAAUCUUGGAAGAGCUUUUCAUGAACUAGGAUUAUAUCAUUUAGCAGUUCCUCAUUACGAAAGAUGUUUAGAGUUACCAUCGCUCCAACAAGUUUUCAGUGAGCAAAAAGGAAAGGGUAAAUCACCUGAAAAAACUUCCAAAGAAUACUCUAUUGCGAAUGAUAAUGAUUCUACAUGCCUUAGAAGGGAUGCAGCAUAUAAUUUGUCAAUGAUUUAUGUUGAAAAUGGAUCUCCUGGUCUAGCAGCAGUAUUAUUGAAAAAAUAUUGUACUAUAUAA